UUAGGUUUUUUUUUGUAUUUUGAUGAUGGGUACUAUUUUGUCCGGCCACUCGUUGUUUACAUUUAAAAAAGCGCAAGUGGAAGACGCUAAUCUUUUUCUCUCUUUCCUUUAUCAUUUUAUUUUUCUUGUUUUUUUCUUGUUUACUUUUUUUUUAAAAAAUUUCGUUUCAAAAAAAAUUUCUUUUCUCCCUUCAAAAAAGUUCAUUUUCCAUAAUUUUAGUAUAGUAAAUUGGCUAUAUUUGUUUAGUCUUUUCGCACCUUUUUUUGGCAAAAACCAAUUUCAAAUCAAUAAAAAUGUACAUAGAAUCAGACCUCUCUUGUAA